AUGAUGGAAUUCGUGAUUCCGGUAACACGAAACGAUCUUCUGACCUCAACGAUUUCCUCAUACUUUGUAAAUGAGCUUGUGUGUGUUCGUAAUUUGCCGCUCUCCGUCCAAAGUUGCCAGAAGUAUCUAGUUCGCGAGGGGCAUCGCGCCAUUUUUAAGUGUUUCGAUAUUUUAUUCAGCGUUUUACAUGAAUGGAAGUCUGUCGAUGCGAAUACAAAGGAAGACGCUUGGAGUGUUGUUCUCAAAGGAUGCGAAGUCUCUGUUCGUGAGUUGGCCAGUGUUAUAAAACCCGUCGACCCAAAUUCGUCAUUUAAUCGGAGUGAUCUCCUUGAGCGUAGAAAUGCUGUCAAGAUGCAUGCCUACCUUCUCUGUCAGUUCAUUGAAAUUAUUGAAAAUGAUUCCGUUGCUGAGGCUAGUGCUGCUGCAUUAAAUAAGGUCGGUCGUGGACGAGGUAAAGCCACCACUUCGGCUGCGAAAGUUCGCAGACAAAAUUCGGACAUCUCCCUUGACUGGUCAACCGAAUGCUCCAAUGCACUUACAGUCCUUGAUCAACUCUGCAAACUGGAAAUUCGGCAAUUCUGGGACCCGCCUGUUGUGGAGGAAGACUUUGUCAACUUACUAGCCAACAGUUCUUACAAGCUAUUGGAGAACAAGUCACUGGCGGCCAAUGCGGGUGUGAGAACUGCUAUAACAAAUUUAUUGAGUACUCUAAUUCAACGCUACAAACACAGUAUUGCCUGCUGUCUGAAACUUGCUCAAAUGCUUCAGUGUUUCGCCCAUACAGCCACCGUUUUCUCUUCCAUUGUCAACACUUUCAUGGCUGAUGAAUCUAUGGUGCCUUUUGUGAAGGAAUUGCUCAAUGAGAUCUGUAGCUAUAACGGAGAGGAUUUAGAACGUGAUGCCACGGGUACACACAAUCUUUGCACAUUCCUUGAUUCCGUCUCCUCAACCCACCCAUCUCUUGCCACUUCCAUUCUUCCAACGAUUCGUGCUCGGCUCUCAGAAGAUCCCUAUCAGAUGCGCAACUGUGCUCUCAAUGUCAUCGGUCAGGUCCUAUGUAAUCUGGGCUCAGACCAUGCUCAAAUGGUGGAAAAGGACAAAAUUCAGCGCGAUCGUCUUAUGGAUGUUCUCCAGGAACACAUUCAUGAUGUCAAUGGUUUUGUGCGAUCUCGGGCCUUGCAAAUCUGGUGCAAUAUUGCCUCAUCAGGGGGCCUUCCUAUUAAACGUCAAGUUCAGUUAGUUAACUUGCUGGUUGGACCUGAGGGAGCAGUGUUUGAUGUUUCUAGUUUGGCUCGAAAACAUGCUCUGCGUCUGUUCACCAUUAUCAUUACUCAAAGUCCCGCUGCCAAGCUCACAAAAGAAGACUUUUCUGGUGUUCUGAAUAAGGAGCAAGAGAGGCUUCAAAUCUUGGAGCAUAAUUUUGGUCAUCUUAGUGCUAACGAUGCCAAUCUCCUACCGAACCCAGCGGGGGGUACCGCAUCAGUGGAAAAUCAUGCUGCCAAUACUGAGGAAGAGGGGGAAAUCAAAGCUUCGAGAAAAUGUCGUGGUCGUAAUCUGUUGGAUUCGGACGAUGAAGGGGAUGAGACCAUGAGGCAGAGUAGCGAAUCUCAAGAGGAUGGUAGUGAGAUUGAACAAGAAGAACGAGUCCGAAAUAAGUUGAGCGAAAAUCUAGCUGAGGAACAGGGAGUUUCGGAGGCAGCUGCAGCUCUAGAAGCAGUAAUUCAUUCCGCAGCAGAGGUUGCUCAGGAGGGUCAAAUGGGAGGAACAUCGAAGCAAUCAGGACACUCACCUCAUGCAAUGUCGGCCGAAGUUGCUUUUGAAGCCCAAAAGGCUGACCUUAUUCGUCAGAAAGCUUGUGUGGCCUACCUUUUGGAAAUGCAAAGGUUUGCCGACUAUGUAACAACAGGAAUUGAAGAUAUUCGAAAUAUGCUUCAUUCUAAGACUACUACUGAUGUCCUCGAAGCCAUCGAAUUCUUCCUCACUGCGAAACAGGCUGGUGUACGAAAUCUAGAUGCUGCGCUACGACACAUGAUGGCAAUGAUUUGGUCCCAGGAGGAGCAAAUUAGAAAAUCCGUUCUGGAUGCUUCUAGACGUCUGUACUUCCAGCCAGACAUUGUGAAUGAAUCUUUUACCGAAGAGGGUCGUUUGUCACCGGCUGCAGUCGAUGCAGUGAUUUCAACACUUGUGAACCUUGUGUCCGAAUCCUCCUUGGGAGAUUUUGUCUCUCUUGAACGGAUACUGCGUGAAUUACUCGAUCUUGGUCAUGUUGAUGAGGACCUCAAACAGGAACUAUGGACGAGAUUCACCACUUUUGCUUCCACAAUCGUUGAAAGUGCUUCCAAAGUUUCACAAAAACGCAAACAGGAGCUCAAGGCGUUGCUUAUAUUAUUGAAAAUGACCUCAUCGCCGAGUCGAAGGAACUUGGAGUUGCAUCUGAGUGAUUUGGUCAAUUAUGGUCUGGGUGAUUCGAUGGGCUACGCUAAUGUCGACUUGGAGUGCGCUAUCGAACCCUUCCGACUACCAGUGACACAUACUCUGUGCACAUCGCUGCGUAAGCUUCUAAUCUCUACCUUCACGUCUGCUUCCCGUAUACAUUGGAUUCCGCUUAUGGAACAGGCUGUAGCGACAAUCUUCCAAUUAAUUGAAACACCAACCAUCGUGAUGGCUGAAGUGAUUCAUGAAAUUGGUGAAUUGCUCCUCAAGUCAGUCUCAAAGCGACAGCCGCCCAUUGCCCAAUCCCAGAAGGAGCAAGUUGAUGCUAUACAGACUGCUACUUUGAGAUCCCCAGUAAAGGGAGAUGAAGCACUUGAGGAAGAAGGAGGAAUGGAAGUUAAAGGGAUCGAAGUAGAUGAAAAUGUUGAAACUACACAGCCACCUUCAUCACAGACUUCUACGCUCUCCACGGUUCCCUCCUUCAUCCUGGCCAGGUUCAUUGCUUUGGCUGGUCAUAUAGCCCUGAAAAUUUUGGUUCACUUAGAGUUCUCUGUUCUCAAUGAACUCAAACGCCGAGAAGCUUUACAAGAAGAGAACAAGAAUGCUAAAAAACGCCAUGCUAAAGUCCAAAGAGCCUCUGCAAGAAAUAAUGUCAGCGUGAAUACUACCUUGGAGAUGUCGCGUUUGACCGAAAUGAGUGGGGUCGGUGGAAACACGAGCACUGCGGAGGAGGAAGCAGCGUUGCUAGGCGCUGUUGCAGAUGACGCGGAAGCUGACUACGUUCGGAACGUCCUUAACAGCGAAGUUGUUCUGGAUCCCGGUCAUCUUCUCACCCGCCUCUUGCCGAUUGUUGUGCAUGUCUGCACUUACCGCAGUCGGUACUCUGACCAUGAUCUUCAGGCUGCUGCCUCACUCUCACUGGUAAAAUUCAUGUUGGUGAGCAGUACUAUUUGCGAGCAGAACCUGCAGCUACUCUUCACUUUGGCUGAACGUAGUCCCUCCGAGGUGGUUCGCGCUAAUUUGAUUGUCGGUCUAGGUGAUCUUGCUCGGCGUUUCCCAAAUCUCAUAGAACCGUGGACGCCCAAUCUUUACGCUCGUCUUCGUGACGACUCCGCCAAAGUUCGAAUAAACGCGUUGAAUACCCUCAGUCAUCUCAUUCUCAAUGACAUGGUGAAAGUAAGUACGAAAUUCGCACAUACUAAAAAGUUACUCAACGUCAAAGGUCAAAUCAGCGAGAUGACAGUGUGCUUAGUUGACCAAAAUGAUCGAUUGAAACAACUCUCGCGGUUAUUCUUCCGCGAAUUGGCUCAAAAGGGCAAUGCGCUGUACAAUGUCAUGCCCGAUAUAAUUAGCCGACUUAGUGAUCCUGAAGUCGGUGUUGAUGAGGACAAGUUCAGACUGAUUGUUAAUUUCCUAUUUCCGCUGAUUGAGAAGGAACGACUUUGUGAAACCCUUGUUGAGAAAAUUUGCUCUCGAUUCAGAGUGACUCAAACUGAGAAACAAUGGCGUGACCUGGCCUACUGUCUUCGUGUGAUGUCAUUUAAUGAACGAAUGAUCAGAACUUUGCAGGAGAACUUGCCUAUCUUCGCGCAACAACUCUCGAUUCCCGAUGUACAUGCAUCGUUUGUUGAAAUACUCACCAACGCAAAGAAGAACACUAAGGCAGAGAUUCUUCCUCAAAUUGAAGAGCUAGAGGCAAAGAUUGAAGAGUUUCAUCAAAAAGGUGUUGCAGAUGAGGAAGCUUUACGGCGUGCCGAAGUGAUGGCCAAGAAGGCCUCUUCAAAGAGACGUCGAACAGCCGCUGGUGGUGGCCUCUUAUCCCCCCGGAAGGCUCGAAAUCGAGCUCGUGGCGAUGACGAGGAUGACGAGGUUAAUACCGCUAGUCCUCGCAAAACACGGAGUCGAGCUGGUCCUCCUCUUGCAUCAGCAGCUAGGCCUAGAACUAAAAAUCAUCGUGCUAUCUUUUCGUCAGAUGAAGAAGAUGAAGAUCAACCUACAUAUUCACGGGCAAAUUUGAUAGACGAAGAUGAAGAUUAA